UGACUCUGCGUCAUUCUGUAAAGGGCAGCAUGUCCCGCCACGACGAAAUCCAAAGGACGCCUGCGAAUUUCUUCGAGGACAUCAACAGCCCUCAUCUGUAAUAAUUGCAUGGUUGAAUAUUCUCAUUAAGUCUCGCCCUGCUUCAGGUCUCAGAUUCUACAAGGGUGUCUUCAAGAUUUCAUGCCAUCGCCAUUUUUGACCACGAGGCAUCACACAUUCAACUUUAUCCAGAGCAUCAAUGGUCUUCGUCUACAACUAUCACCGGAAAGUAUCAUCAUUAGUCAACAUGUUCGGUGAAUGGUUGCAAAUUCUGUUGAUUUUAAAUGCAUUUUUAAGCUGCUUAAUAAAAGCAGAUCAAGAGACAAAAUAUCUGGAAACAUUUGAACCAACUUGGGAAAGUUUAGAUAACCGAAAGUUGCCUUUAUGGUACGAUGAGGAUAAAUUUGGAAUUUUUAUUCACUGGGGAGUUUUCAGUGUUCCCAGCAUUGGCUCAGAAUGGUUUUGGAAAAGCUGGAACAGAAAAACCAAUACCACUGUCGAAUUUAUGAAAAAGAAUUACCCACCAAAUUUUACUUAUCAAGACUUUGCCAAAGAUUUUACUGCCGAAUUUUUUAAUGCUACCCAAUGGAGUGAAAUUUUCAAGGCAUCAGGAGCAAAAUAUGUCGUUUUUACUAGCAAACACCACGAAGGAUACACUAUGUGGCCCUCAAAAUAUUCCUUCAGCUGGAAUUCUGUUGAUGUGGGACCACAUCGAGAUAUAAUAGGUGAAUUGUCAACAGCAAUAAGAUCCCAAUCGAAUUUAAGAUUUGGACUAUACCACUCUCUUUUCGAAUGGUUUAAUCCACUUUAUAUGGAGGACAAAGCCAAUAAUUUUACGACCAAUACCUUCGUUACUAAUAAGGUCAUUCCGGAAUUACAUGAACUCGUUGAACUUUAUAAACCGGAAGUAAUUUGGUCUGACGGAGAAUGGGAAGCUCCAGAUACUUACUGGCAAUCGAAAGAAUUUUUAACUUGGCUUUUUAACAGCAGUCCUGUUAAGGAAACUGUUGUUGUAAAUGAUAGAUGGGGUUCUGAAGCUUUGUGUCAUCACGGAGAUUUUUAUACAUGUCAAGAUCGUUAUAAUCCUGGAACAUUUCAGCCUCACAAAUGGGAAAAUGCAAUGACAAUUGAUAGACAGUCUUGGGGAUAUCGAAGAAAUGCCGAAUUGAAAGAUUACAUGUCUCUAGAAGAAUUGGUUAAAGAAUUAGUAGUGACUGUGAGUUGCAACGGAAAUUUAUUGAUGAAUGUCGGACCAACGAAAGAGGGAACAAUAACUCCAAUUUUUGAAGAAAGACUUCGCGGAAUGGGAGACUGGUUAGCCUUGAAUGGAGAAGCAAUCUACAAAACAAAACCUUGGACAGUUCAGAAUGAUACUUUAUCUGGAGACGUAUGGUACACCCAAAGCAAAGACGGUCAAACAUUGUAUGCGAUUCUUCUUUCAUGGCCGAAACAUAAUACUUUAGGAUUAGGAUCUGUUAAGGUCCAAGAUUCGUCAAAAAUCAAUCUCCUUGGCUAUCCAAAUGCACUCGAAUGGGAGCAACAUUCGUCCGAACUUUGGAUUAAUUUACCCGCCGACGCCCACAAGGGAAAGCCAGGUUGGGUGCUAGUAUUAAACAAAUUUUACAACUGAGAUUUCAAAAAUCUAUUUUAAUCAACUUUAAUUUCCGCACCUCUUAUAAAAUUGUGUAUAAAACGUUAAAAAUAAUAUAUCCAUACCAAAUUUAAACCAGUCUGUAUCUUCGAUCACAUGGUUUUCUUGAAUACUGCAAGAUUCGUAUAAACAUUACCUAUAUUUGUAUUCAAAUGAAACUCUGCCUGUUCUUCUUAAAGUUGAGAGACUUCAUACAAAUAAGCUCCAAGCAAUUUUGUCUGUAAAUAAAUUAUAAUUAUGAAACCGUUAUUGUAUUUUGUACCUUUGAAAAAAUAAAUUUAUUUUCCUGUAA